CUCCCCUCCCUCCGCCACCAAUCCGGGCGGCUCUGGAGGGCUUCGCGCGGAGCCGGCGGAGCGGGAGCCGCCGGUAUCAGGAGCAGCGGGAGCAGCAGGCGGCCGGGCAGUGGGGCACAUGGCAUGCCUGAUGGCGGCUUUCUCCCUGGGCACCGCUCUGAACGCCAGCAGUUCUGCUUGUACUAUGGUCGAGCCAAAGUCGGUGUGUGUUUCAGUGGAUGAAGUGGUCUCAAAUGGCACAGAUAACCAAGACAUUCGACUGAUGAAUGGGCACUUGAAAAAAGUGGACAACACUCUGACAGAAGCUCACCGUUUCUCCUAUCUACCACGCAGACCUGCUGUAAAUAUUGAGUUUAAAGAACUGUCAUACUCCGUCCAAGAAGGGCCAUGGUGGAGGAAGAAAGGUUAUAAGACCCUUUUAAAAGGAAUUUCAGGGAAGUUCAGCAGUGGAGAACUUGUUGCAAUUAUGGGUCCGUCAGGAGCUGGGAAGUCAACACUCAUGAACAUUCUGGCAGGGUACAGGGAGACUGGAAUGAAAGGAGAAAUUCUCAUCAAUGGGCAACCUCGUGACCUACGCUCUUUUCGCAAAGUCUCCUGCUACAUCAUGCAAGAUGACAUGCUCCUCCCUCAUCUAACUGUCCAAGAAGCUAUGAUGGUGUCUGCUCAUCUGAAACUUCAAGAAAAAGAUGAAGGCAGAAGAGAAAUGGUAAAGGAAAUAUUGACAGCCCUUGGUUUGCUAACCUGUGCCAAUACGAGGACUGGGAGUCUUUCUGGAGGCCAGAGAAAGCGUCUUGCCAUUGCUUUGGAGCUGGUGAACAAUCCUCCUGUUAUGUUUUUUGAUGAACCAACCAGUGGCUUGGAUAGCGCAUCAUGUUUUCAAGUUGUCUCUCUAAUGAAAGCUUUAGCCCAGGGUGGCCGGUCCAUCAUCUGCACGAUUCAUCAGCCCAGUGCUAAACUCUUUGAGUUGUUUGAUCAGCUCUAUGUUUUAAGUCAAGGUCAAUGUAUUUACCGGGGAAAAGUAUUAAACCUCGUCCCUUACUUAAGAGAUUUGGGUUUGAAUUGUCCGACCUAUCAUAAUCCUGCAGAUUUUGUUAUGGAAGUAGCAUCUGGUGAAUAUGGAGACCAGAACAGCCGACUGGUAAGGGCAGUACGGGAGAGGAUAUGUGACACAGACUACAAGAGAGAUGUUGGUGGUGAGAAUGAGUUGAAUCCCUUUCUCUGGCACCGGCCCUCUGAAGAGGAUUCCUCCUCCACAGAAGGCUGCCACAGCUUCUCCGCCAGCUGCCUAACCCAAUUCUGUAUCCUCUUCAAAAGAACUUUUCUCACCAUCAUGAGGGAUUCAGUCCUAACACAUUUGCGUAUCACCUCUCACAUUGGAAUUGGUCUGCUUAUUGGCUUGCUCUACUUAGGCAUUGGCAAUGAAGCUAAGAAGGUUCUCAGCAAUUCUGGCUUCCUCUUUUUUUCCAUGUUGUUUCUUAUGUUUGCUGCACUCAUGCCAACUGUCCUUACAUUUCCUCUUGAGAUGGGAGUGUUUCUUAGAGAGCAUCUGAACUACUGGUACAGCCUGAAAGCCUAUUAUCUUGCCAAAACAAUGGCUGAUGUUCCUUUUCAGAUCAUGUUUCCUGUAGCUUAUUGCAGCAUUGUGUACUGGAUGACUUCACAGCCGUCUGAUGCACUCCGAUUUGUCCUCUUUGCAGCUUUGGGAACCAUGACAUCCCUGGUGGCACAGUCACUGGGUCUUCUCAUAGGUGCAGCCUCCACAUCUCUACAGGUAGCCACUUUUGUGGGUCCAGUUACUGCCAUUCCAGUGCUUCUGUUUUCUGGGUUUUUUGUCAGCUUUGAUACCAUCCCAACAUACCUCCAGUGGAUGUCCUACAUUUCCUAUGUCAGGUACGGGUUCGAAGGAGUUAUUCUCUCCAUCUAUGGACUGGAUCGAGAAGAUCUGCAUUGUGACAAAGAUGAUACUUGCCAUUUUCAAAAAUCAGAGGCCAUUCUGAGAGAACUGGAUGUAGAAAAUGCCAAACUUUACCUGGACUUCAUUGUUCUGGGAAUUUUCUUCUUCUCUCUGCGUCUAAUUGCCUAUUUUGUUCUCAGAUACAAAAUCCGAGCAGAGAGGUAGAGGAAAAACAACCAAAAUGAUGCAGUAGCAAGAUCUUUAGACAUACAGUAGAGGGCAGUUGACAUUGUCUCACUGUGGCAGGCCUGUCUCCAGUGCCCAGCUAGAUGCUGUUAUGACCUAGCCCAUAGAGAACCACACUGGGAUAGAGGACAUAUAGCGUUACGUCAAUCAGUCCAGUUGGGUUGGGUCAUGUUUUCAUUACACUUUCUAGCUUUAACUAGGAAGAAGAAAUAGAAGGGAAUUUUACAACACAGAAUAUCAAUACUGAGACAGUGUAACUGUAAUAAAAAAAAAAAAAACAAAACCACAAACUGGUUGCAGGAAAUUUCCUUAUGAAAACCAAUUACGCGAUAAGGUAAUUCAAGUCCUGGUAGCCUGAAUAGUAUAAUGUCAUCUGUAGGUGACAAGAUAAUGAGAUGCAAAAUGAGAAAUGCAAAGAAAAUAGGAUUAUUUCAUCUUUUUAAAUUCAAGAGUUUAAAAUUUGUAGUUUUCUAUGUAUUAUUUUGCAGUUAUUUUCCAUGGCAUUACCCCUACUGGCCAAAAGUCUGUAACUGUAAUAAUUAAUAAGGAAAAUACAUCUUUUUGAUAUGGGUACUUUUUAAAAGCAGAAAAAAAAAGUCUAAAAUGAUUCAAGUCAUUAUUUUUGUUUCUGUUUAAAUGUAGAAUUCUGGUGCUUUACUUGUCGAGCUGGUCUCAUACCUGAAAAUUGUCAUGAUAGGACAGGGCAGAUUCUGAGUCUGUGCUAAGUCUGUGAUCCAUAUUUGGAAGCAACAAUAGAUAGCACAGAUGUUCAAGCUACUGCUGAAUGAUUGAAAAUAUGUUCUUUUGCAGUGUCUUUUAAAUCCUAAAGGUUUGUUAUCUUGAAAAUACUGAUACUGCUCCUUAUCUGUUUGAUCUACCUCCUGUGAAUGAAAAGAUCAGAGCACUCCAAGGCUCAGUUUUUCUUAAAUUAUGAAAACAGAAUCUAUCCCUGAAGAAAUCAUCUGAUGGAGUCCAAAAUCUAUCUGUAGUUCAGAGCCUGGAGUAUUGUGUUAAACCACUUGUGACUGCCUUGUAUGUCAAUGUUUGAAAUACCGGUUAAAAAUGACUUGUAGGAGUCUCCUCAGAUAAUGCAAAGGGCCUUCUAACACUGUAGGCCAAGCAGUUUUGUUCACAUCUGAAAGUCUACGUAAGUGAAAUGAAAAUUAACAGCAAAGUCUCUAAACACCAAUGAAACUAUUGCAAGAGGCAUGCAUUUGUUUUGUGUAUCUCACCUUUGUAAACUUGUUGGGGAAUUCUGACUCUAAGUCAUUAUGAAUUUUGUUACUGAUUUUCAUGGGUAUGGAUUGGCAACCCAAAAUGAUAGCGUGGAACUCGUGCCCAUGUUGGACACCCUGGUGAAAUUCUUUGUGAAUACCAAUACCUUCUGCAGUUAUUGUCCAUUUACCUAAGUGUCGCAGAUAUCUGAGCCAGACCUACGCAUUCUGUAAGCGUAUUAUUCCUAUCAGGGUGCUGAAGUAUUGUAGACUGGAAGCAGCUCAGUGACGGCAAACCACUCAGCAGCUCAGUAAUUCAUAACAGUAGAGUAGAUGAAGAGACACCUUGUGCACCUGCUCAUCAUCAGUUAUAGUUCACAGACUAUGUCUGAGGACUCCACGGCUACAUCUUUACUAGUUAACAAAAUAAUGCCAGAACCUGAUUUCCGGCCUUCAGGCAGUUUGAACAAUCUGCUAUCUUGUUAAUCCUCAAACAACUGGGACUGCUAGGAACAGUCUCUACCCUAUGCUAACUUCAAAUGCUCUCCAAAAAAGCUUGGGUUGUGCUGGGCUACAACUCUGCCAUUCAGUUUUCAGUGAAGACAGUUUACUGGUUUUCCUUACCCAUGCCCAGACUACCUUUAAUUUACUGAUGCAGACACAGACCAUGUAUACUUAUUAAAAUCAGCAUACUUGAAUUAAGCCAGUGUUCCAGAAGACUGGAGUCUUUUCACACAUUUUAGGAAUGGUAGCUGAACUUUCCCUAGAAGUAAGGUUAGCCUGUGAAAGCAAGGUUAAUCUUUACUACAGAAGAAAAAAAAAUUCCUUGUACAAUCUCUGCAUGGUUUUUUUUUUUUUGCUGUUUUAUUUCAUUUUUAAUAAAGUAUCCCUGGAGCCACUAGAGCUUUUAUACAGCUCCACAGCAUUUCCAGGCAUGCUAACAAGGAGGUAUGUGUCUACCUGGCUGUUAUCUGUGAGAAAUUAAGAACUUUAGCUGCUCUAAAUAAUAUUCAAAACUGUGAACACAUAUUAAAUAAGUCACAAGCUGAAAUUCCUUGGUACAACCUGCUUUGAUUAUCUUAAGACUGUCAGAAUAUUUGUAAGUAUUUCAGGCAGUUACUGUUUGCAAACAGAUAGAAAACCCAGGGUUUGCCAAAUGACUGUUGCACACUGGUGGUCCAGCUGUGGGCUACCUGAGUAUGAAUUAGAGAUAUCCACACCAUUAACUCAGUUCAAGGUUUAAGUUUUGUGUUUACCAGUUAUCAAACAGCACACUGAAGAUCACCUGCAGUUUGCCCAGUGAAAUAACCUUGCAGAUAAAACUGACAUUUAAACACUUGGAUGAGGGCAACGCUGUCUUCUAUCUAACCUAAUUUAGUAAUAUGGGCACCUUGAACACGUGUCUUGUCCGUGUGUGCUUGUUUCUCUGUUUGUAGACUUUAUUUUAGCUCUUUAGUCUGCAGUAUAUCCUUCUGUACUGUAACGAUGUAUUGUAUUAUGGUAGCCAAAAAUCUGGUCCUCUGUGGGUGUUCCUAAAAAAAAAAAAAUAGGCACUCCAGAAUAUUUUUGUCACUCCUUUUAUUAGAUGUGCUCUUUCCCAGCCAUCUGCUGGCAGAAUAUAGCUGAAAGUUACUAUUCUGAGGAACACUGUCAGGCUGUAGUAUCCGAAUAAAGAAAUAAAUGAAUUCUCUUGAAGCCAACAUUACCCACAGAUGAGAUAAUCAUUCUUUCCUGCCUUGGUGCUAAAAUUAACUAAUGAUAUCCUUUGAUGUUAUCGUGGGACAGAAGUAUUUGAAGUGCAUCCCGAUUGUAUGUUCUUAAGCUGUGAAGUCUUUUAACACAGAUUCUAUUUGGCCUUUCUCCUGUUUUGCAGUAAUAAGCUCUAGCAGGCCAGGAUAAAAUGCAUUCCUGUGUUAGUGAACUGAGCGAGCACUUUGCCAACCUCUGGAGGCUUCGUGCUGAAAAAAAAGAUGAGGCCAGCAAAAAACUAAACACUUCAAAAAGUCUGUUUUUAUAACCAUGUCCAAAUAGCCAUAAACUUGUUGAAAUCAAUGCUGUUCAGACCCAUUGCAGUCCAUUUAAAAAUUGCAUGAGGCACAAAGGUUUUUAAAUGGCCUCUUGCAGACUAAACCUGUGGUUGCUGUUGUGCUGUCUUUAGCGUUCUGUUGGCUUCCUUGUUUCAUUUUUAUUUAUUUAUUCUUCUGUUAUUUUGGUUAUUAUGUGCAUGAGUUAUGACUUUAUGCUUCAAGUUUCUUUUUUUUUUUUUUUUUUUUCCUGCUGAAAUGUGCGUCUAAUCUGAAAGUUUUUAGGAAUAAUUAUUUUUUACUUACAAUAAAAUAAAAGAUUUGGAAAACAUUUUCUACUCACAUAAGAAAAUGAGAAGGCGUCAUCUUAAUGAAUCAAAGGGAGUAAUGGAAGAAAUAACUGGUGCUGAAUUCCAAUGGAACCCAAAUAUCUCUUUUAUCAUUGAAGGAGAGGAACAUAUAUGCACAUUAAAGAGAGAGACAAUUAUGUAAGUGUGAAAUAAUGAGCACUUGAGUCCAAAAACUGGAUGUAUCAGGAGGCAGCCAUUUCAGUAUAGUCUUUUGUGCCAGUGUCUGUGCUAGCAAAGGAAAUUAAUGUAACGUUAAGCAUUUACUUUUAAAACAAAGUGUGAUAAUGCACCCUGACCUGUAGUACCACUACAGUGAUUCUUGAAGAAGAAUGUCCUAUCUGUGAAUGCUUUCUACUCUAAUGGGAAGGCUUUUUCCCAAAAAAAGUAAUUAAGUAUGUUAAUAACUCCUCACAUCUGUAUUGUUUCAUGAAUCAAGGCAAUGACUGAUGUCUCUAAAAUAAAGCCCAGGCUUAAGUGCUUUGCUGGUUGGAGGCUGUAUUGCACAGGAAAACUGAGAUGUUGGCUGUGUGAAGAGACUCAAAGUCUGUAUUGAAAAGUCCAUUUGCUUUAGGUUAGUUGCUGGUGAUUACAGUCAUCUUGAAUUAAUCUUUUUGAACCAGAAAAUAUCUGGGGCAAAGGAGAGUGAAAAUAGAGCACACAGAGGAGCGUAUGUUUUCCAGUAUAUUUACUUUGAGUUUGAGUUUGCGUAAAAGCUUUUAUUAUCUGCAUCAUUUUGAUAAGGAAAAAACAAUGUUUCUAUUCUUCUCUUUCUGCACCAGAAAUGCCAAUCCAGGAGUGCUCUGCUUACUAAAAAUGCCGGUGUUUAUUUCUUCUUUCCAAACUAAGAAGGAUAGGUUCUUAAUUAUUUUUUAGCAUUAGCUUGUAUUGAAAUGCAAUUGUCUUCUUUUGUCUCCUACCCCGUGACACUGAUAUUUAGUACCAGUACAAAAAGGACAGAGGGAGGGACCUAAGGUGCGGCAGAAAUGUUCCCAGAGAUCCUUAAAGAAUGCAUGUGAGAAGGGUACAAAUGACAUCAGUACUUCUUUCUGCAGCCUCUGCCCCUUCUUCCACAUUGUUCUUACCUUGAAUAUUGACUCAGGACAGCAAAAUCCCUGCCAUAAGCAAGAAUGUUGAAGAAGUUCAGGGUUGGUUUUAGCACUAGCUGAUUUCAGACUCCCUCCAUUGCAGGGUGACUUGGUGGGUAAUUGGUCUGGAUUUCUGCAGAGGGCAUCUCAGUGGUAGAUGCAGAGAUGCUGUCCCAAAGGUUGUUCUUUUUUCAUUUGAGACCAAAUGAUCUUAUUGUGUGUAUCUGUGUUCCUACCAGAACACCCUGAAAGGGUGUGGUUGCUCAGGAAUUGCCUUCUUUUAGUCCUGUAUGGAAAUCCAUUAAUCAGAUACAACAAUCACAAAGGCAUUUUGAAAAACUGUUGGGAACAAGGAGUAGGCAGAAAAUGACACUCUGUCAUGUCCUUUGUAACAGUCUAUGACAGGCUGAUCAUUGCUGAGCUCGUGACACAGGUCUUAAUGAUUGUGCCACACAGCACCAGUGAGUGCAGAAGUGCUGGGUGUCACUGACAUUAAUCAUGGGCUUUGCUAUUGGACAGGGGCAGCACUGUUUUCAGAGAUCGGUUCCUACUGUCCUGUUCUUAGAAUCACAGAAUGGUUUGGGUUGGAAGGGAGCUCAAAGCCCACCCGCCCCAACCCCAGCCAUGGGCAGGGCUGCCCCCCACCAGCUCAGGCUGCCCAGGGCCCCAUCCAACCUGGCCUUGAGCGCCUGCAGGGAUGGGGCACCACAGCUUCUAUGGGCAGCUGUGCCAGCGCCUCACUGCCCUCUGAGUAAGGAAUUUCCCCCUGACAUCUAAAUCUCUUUUAGUUUAAAACCAUUCCCCCUUGGACUACUACCCAUGUAAAAAAAAAGGUUUUCUCUCCUGGUUAUGAGCUUCCUUUAAGUUCUUUUUAUUAUUUUGAAAUCUUCCGAUAAACCAUAACUUGAUGUUUGUCAGCUGUAGGAGCUUCCUCACAGAGAUUCAGAGUUCUAUUGAGACUCAUUGCAAGAAACAUAAAGGAUGACCAAGCAAAAUAUGGAUCCUUUUGCAAAAUGAAUUCCCAUAGCUCAGCCUGCCAGCCUGCAUUCUGGACUUUGUUUAUGCCUUCUGUGUUCACUAAGAUUUUGUUGAUCUAUUUUCCUUCUGGGGGCUUCUAUACAGCUCAGGCCACAUGAAUCAACUGCUUGUGUCCUUGCUAGAAAACGGUUGUUGCCCACAUGGAUGGUUACAGUGAGCUUCUUAGGAAUAGCGCGAGGUAGUUGGAGAAGGAGCAUAGACAUUUUAGACUUCUUUGAGCUACAGAAUACCAAACAGUCCGGAUCUGAGAGCGUGCUUCUCUCUUUCAAGAAGAAAAGAAAAAUCUAAAAUGGGUCUUUUUCUACAGAUGAUAAGGUGACAUGGAAUCUUUAACAUAGACAUUGACAUCUGUGAUGUCUUUUUUUGGACCCUAGUUUAAAUUAUUUUAGUAACCCGUUUAGUGUUAUUAUGCAGACUCCUUUACUUCACUUU